CCCUUCAUAAUCAAUGCGUGACUCUGUUGUUUGGUCGGUGGUGCAAUUGCAGCGCGUGAACAACUUUGUGGUGUGCUCUGGUAUUUUAAGAACAAGAAUGGACUUAUUCUGGAUAUUGGAACAGUUGGAUGCGUAAUGGUCUUUUAAUUUGAGUAGGUUGAACUUUGUCCGUCGGUAGUUGGCCCAAAUUUGUAUCUAUCAGCCACAAGUUCCUUAUUACUUUGUGGUUUUUAAGCGUGCUGUAGUUUAACAACUUCACAGUAUUUGUUUUGUUGCCAGAUAAUUACCACUUAAUCCCCGGUGCAGCUAUUUUAGACCAGGUGCUGCGUGGAGAGACCUAUUGGUAGAUUCAACAGCCACCAGGUGCAAAGACAAAAGCAUUAUCUGGUAGGAGGGUGGGGGCUUCUAAACACCAUGGAUUUAGACGAUGUCUGGGUGUACCUGGGCGACUUUGGCCGGUACCAGACCGUAGCAUUCAUCUUAAUAACUCUGGUUGGAACAUGGCUACCGGCUUGGCAGAUCUUCGGGAUUAUUUUCACCACCGAUCAGCCACCGUUCCACUGCCGGGCUUCACCUGGGUUUACAUUGGAGGAGAGUGUGCCCCGCAUGGGGGUCAAGAACGAGUCAUUCGCAGAGUGUUUGAUGUACGCCGUAGAAAAAGGUGAAAACGGCACGUCGUUCAUCAAUACAAGUAGCCAAGUGGAGUGUACCAAUGGAUACGAGUUUGUGACUCUAUUUGACGAAAACACUAUCGUUAUGGAGCUGGACCUUGUCUGUAAGGACAACAUCCUCCCGAGUACAGCACAGUCUAUUCUAUUUUUCGGCGUCUUGACGGGAGCGUUUGUCUUCGGACAGCUCUCGGAUCUCAUCGGCCGUAAGACGGUGCUCCUGACCGCCGUGUUUCUGCAAGCCAUCGCCGGUUUCAUUAUCUACUUCAUCUACGUCUACCACUGGUUUGUGGUACUGUUCUUUUUCAUCGGAAUGUUCGAGCAGGGAAUGAACUUGACGGAGUUUGUCCUGAUCAUGGAGAUGUUCUCUCCGAAGAAGCGAACCAUCGCCGGGUGCAUUAACGGCAUUGCUUGGGGCGUGGGUGUGACCCUAUUAGCAGGCAUCGCGUACUUCCUACGUGACUGGAGGAAAAUGCAGCUGGCCAUCUCCCUGCCUUGCCUGAUCGCGAUACCACUCUGGUUCAUUCUGUACGAGUCCGUGAGGUGGCUUUUGUCAAAAGGACGUAACAAAGAAUCCUUCAAAAUCCUCAACAAGAUCGCCAGAGUAAAUAACAUCACCCCACCUGCGGAUGGAUUCGUACUAACCCUCGAGGAUAAGACCAUUCGCGAAUCGGCACCUAAUGACGUCACAUCUAGCUCUAUCUCAGCAGCACCUCUGGUCGUCGACAAAGGGAAAACGUACACGGUGAUCGACAUCUUUCGGAGUUGGAUAGUCUUCAAGAACUUAGUCAUUAUGAGCUUGUCUUGGUAAGUAAAGUUUCUUUAUCUUAUAUAC